GCUCCCAGCUCGUCAAAGAAAGGCAGCAAAGAUACUUCGGUACAAAAGAAGAAGGGAUCGAAGAAUGAAAGCAAUGGAGCAGCGAAUGAAGAGGCUAAUGAGGAGUCUAAAUACAAUUCAUUCCACAAGUUCACGAAACUUUGCGAAGUCAUAGCUUCUGUAUCGAAGUACACAGAUAAGUCGUCAGCAGUGAAAAUGUUCAUUUCUAGAGAUGAUUUCGACGGGGACAUAUUGACUUUGGUUCGACUUCUGAUUCCUGGUGUCGAUCAAAGGGUCUAUAACAUCAAGGAGAAGCAAAUCAUCAAGCAUUUUGCUACUAUAUACGACUUACCGGCGGAGGAACUUUUGGAUUCAUACAAAAUUGGAGGAGAUGUUUCAAAAACCAUCCGUGACGCAAUCGAGAAAAAUAAUUUGAGCAGAACGAAUAAAGGAAAUUGGAGCAUCCAAAAAGUGGACCGUUGGCUGACUAAACUCACGGAGUUUACAAAGGAUGACGAACAGAUCAAUCAUCUGAAGUUCGCUGCUAAAAGGUAUAAGAAGCGUCAACUUGGGAAUGUUGCGGUCUCAAUGGAAGUUGGAAUUCGCCUUGGAACGCCAGCGGAGCCAUGCAAAUCGGUUCAACAAGCAAUGAAAAGAUGUGUAAACGGGAUGUUUGCUGAGAUCAAAUACGAUGGAGAAAGAGUGCAGGUUCAUAAAACUGGUACUUCAUUCUCGUUUUACUCACGAAGCCUCAAACCCGUACAGCACCAUAAGAUCUCGCAUUUCGAGAAAGUCAUUCCAAAAGCGUUCCCCGCUGGAUUGGACCUGAUUAUUGACGCCGAGGUUCUUCUCGUGGACAAGUCAACCGGUAAACCGUUGCCAUUUGGGACACUCGGAGUUCAUAAGAAAGAACAGGUAAUUUGCUUCCAAUGA